GCUACGACAACCGUGGGUUGGAGGUUUUUGAACUUCAGCUUCGUGAAGCUUCUACAGCUCGAAGCUCGAAGCUCGAAGCUUGAAGUGCAACCUUGAUUCCGAAGCGCACAACGCACUUUCAAAGGAAGUACAAGCCGGAACUGUUAUAUCCUCGCUCCUUAAGCUCAACACUCGAAACCUUACGAUCUCUAACCUCCAAUCAACCUCCAACUUACCCACACGAUGGGCUGGUUCACCGGGUCCUCAUCUUCUCGCCACCACUCCUCUCGCCCUGGCUACGCACGCAGCUACGCCGGAUCAUCCUACUCAUCUUCCUCGCGUCACCACUCGAGUACCUCACAUUACAAGCGUCGUCCGCGCGAUGGCUAUAUAUCAUACUUAUACCACAAAUUCCGACACCUACUCCACCAACUAUGGCAAUACGCUCGGCGUCAUCCUUACAAGGUCUUCUUCAUGGUUAUAAUGCCUCUAGUCUCGGGCGGAGUGUUGCAUAAGCUUGCCAGACAGUUCGGAGUGAAUUUGCCCGAGAUGGGAGGCGUGGGCGCGAGGGGUGGGUAUGCAAGUAGUAGUUAUGGAGGUGGACGCGGGGUAAAUGGUGGGUAUUAUGGAAGUGAGGGAUAUGGGAGAGAGAGUGGUGGAGGUGGUGGUGGUUUUAGUAAUUUACAGAGUAUUGCAGGUGGAAUUGGAGGAUUGGCUAGUAUGGCCAAGAUGGCACAGGCUUUCAUGUAGUAAGAGGAGGGGCCGGAGAGGGUGCGGAAUGGAACCAGCGAUGGAUAUGAAGUGGGAGUUACGGUAUGAGCUCGACGUGUUACAAGUACGAAUUCCCUCGGAAGGUCUUAGACUAUGGUGUGGAGGAUGAAGGACUGACAUCGGACCUCGAACUAUGGUUUGUGCACGCUUGGAUAUUUCUGUUAAACGCAUUGUAGAGAUUAAAUCUUGCUAGAAGAAUCCUAUAACAACUUUUUAGUCUCUCUGCUCUCUAUGUAACGGCGCAGGCAAGACAACGGGUCCGAAUGCGG